GUGCCGGUGUGGGCCAGAAAGUGUGCCCGGUCUCAGCCCCUCGCUGCGGGGAGGAAUGAAUGGGCGCCCCGAGCUCCGCCGCAAGGUGGGGGCGCGCCGGCCCUAGAGGGGACUGAGCGAGUGAGCGGCCGGGUCGGGCCGCCUUCCUGCAGCAUGGAGGACGACGCGCCGGUCAUCUACGGGCUGGAGUUCCAGGCCCGGGCAUUAACACCUCAAACUGCAGAGACAGACGCCAUUCGGUUUUUGGUCGGGACGCAGUCUCUUAAAUAUGAUAAUCAGAUCCACAUCAUAGAUUUUGACGAUGAAAAUAAUAUUAUAAAUAAAAACGUCCUCCUCCACCAAGUGGGCGAAAUCUGGCACAUCAGUGCCAGCCCCGCAGACAAAGGAGUGCUGGCGACCUGCUACAGCAAAACUUCUGACAGCAAAGUCCAGACAUGUGCGGCCGUGUGGAGGAUGCCAAAGGAACUGGAAUCAGGCGGCCACGAGUCCCCAGACGACUCUGCAAGCCCCGCACAGACGCUGGAGCUGCUGUGUCACCUGGACGACGCGGCCCAUGGCAACGUGGCCUGUGUGACCUGGGAGCCCAUGGGGGAUGGGAAGAAGGUCAUCUCCUUGGCUGACAACCACAUCCUGCUGUGGGACCUGCAGGAGAGCUCCAGCCAGGCUGUGCUGGCGAGCUCGGCGUCCCUGGAAGGGAAGGGACAACUGAGGUUCACCUCGGGGCGGUGGAGCCCACACCACAACUGCACCCAGGUGGCCACGGCCAGCGACACCACCGUCCGCGGCUGGGACACACGGAGCAUGAGCCAGAUAUACUGCAUAGAGAAUGCCCACGGACAGCUGGUGCGCGACCUGGACUUCAACCCCAACAAGCAGUACUACUUGGCGAGCUGUGGAGACGACUGCAAGGUCAAGUUCUGGGACACCCGGAACGUCACGGAGCCCGUGAAGACACUGGAGGAGCACUCCCACUGGGUGUGGAACGUCCGCUACAACCACUCCCAUGACCAGCUGGUCCUCAGCGGCAGCAGCGACAGCAGAGUCAUCCUGUCCAACAUGGUGUCCAUCUCCUCGGAGCCCUUCGGCCACCUGGUGGAUGACGAUGACACCAGUGACCAGGAGGACCACCACCUGGAAGAGAAGAGCAAGGAGCCCCUGCAGGACAACGUCAUCGCCACCUACGAGGAGCACGAAGACAGCGUGUACGCUGUGGACUGGUCCUCGGCCGACCCGUGGCUGUUCGCCUCCCUGAGCUACGAUGGGAGGCUGGUCAUCAACAGGGUCCCCAGGGCUCUGAAGUACCACAUACUGCUCUAGCUGCUGGCAGCAGCCCUCGGCCGGCCUCCUGGCCGCCCUUGCUGGUGUGCUGCUCCCUGGAGGCUGUCUGUUUUCCAGACAAACCCCGAUCUGGACAGCCAGCACCUCCUCCCUCUCGUCUGGGCCAUAGAAGGCGCUGUGGAGCCUCCGCCACAGCUCAGCUGACGCCCGCACGGCCCCUUGUUGCCGCCUGGCCACCACUCGACUCCGGUGUUCUGUUCAAAGGGUGUAGGGAGUUUCUCUUUUACAAAGAAAAUCCUGUCCCCGUAACAUGAAUGCAUCCUUGUCUUGAGAUUAAAAAGGGAAUAAAGCCAGUGAGGCCAUGCUGCAGGCCCUGGCACCCUCAGAUGCCACACCACCAGGAGCUUUGAUGUGUCUGUCCUGAAAAGACGCAGGUGGACAAGGUGCCCGGCACAGCACCGCCCCGGCACGGAGCUCCAGGGCUCUGCCGCCUAAUGGCUAAGGGUGUGGGUACCCCAGGCACCAGGGCCCCCCCCCCCCACACCCUCUGGGAUUCAGUGAUUCUGUGUCUGACUCCCUCUGCCUGGGAGCUCUCUGUACUUUUCUUAUAACCCGGCAGUCUGCUCUGUGAGCAAAGCCCUUUCCCCAGCUUCCGGCCCCUCCUCGUCCUCUGAGUGGCUUCUGUGGCAGAGCCAGAGAUUGGAACUGGGAUGUAGUGGGGCUAUGCGGUUUUCCCCAUCCGGCUUCAGGCAUUUGUGUCCUAUCUAAAGUCUGCUCUGUGUCUUCUUGUGAACAUCUUGUAGUCUCACAC